CUCCGUACUUGAAGAAAUCAUUCAACCGAUAUUGUGGCCUCGGGCUCGACAGCUUCGCUGGAAGAAAGUAACGUUAAUUAAAAGGAAAUCGCCGAAGAGCUGCGUCUUAUCAGCGACACAAGACAACGUGGGUUUAGGGAAAGACCGCACUGUGUACUGAACCGCAAUCGACGCUUUUUUAAAAAUGGGAGUACUUUUUACCAGACUGAUGGCUGUGUUCGGUGACAGAGAGCACAAAGUGAUCAUUGUGGGUUUGGAUAAUGCUGGGAAGACGACAAUUCUCUAUCAGUUUUUGACCAAAGAGGCUGUGCACACCACUCCUACCAUUGGCAGCAAUGUGGAGGAAAUUAACGUCAAGAAAACACGCUUCCUUGUUUGGGAUAUCGGGGGCCAGGAGACCCUCAGAGCCAGCUGGAGCACCUACUACUGCAAUACAGAGAUAGUGAUCCUGGUGGUUGACAGUACAGAUCGGGAGCGUUUGACUCUUACCAAAGAAGAGCUUCAUCGAAUGCUUGCACAUGAAGAUCUGCAGAAUGCCUCAGUGCUGGUGUUGGCCAAUAAGCAGGACAUGAAGGACAGCAUGACAGCAGCAGAAAUUUCCCACUGUCUUACCCUCAGUUCACUAACAGCCCGCUCAUGGCAUGUCCAGGCCUGCUGCGCGCUCACUGGAGAGGGUUUACCAGCGAGUUUGGACUGGAUGCGUUCUCGGGUGGUAGCGAACUAGUCCAGCGAUGAUUCGUCAUUACUUUCUGGAGCCAGAGAGAAUAAGCCAGGCCUGCCUUUGCCCUUGCCAAGCCCACAGUGCCUCAGUCUGGAGUGGAGCCAACUCAGAGCCCCCUUCAAACACAACAGACUGGAGGCACCACAUGCCACGAGCUUUCUUCCCAGGAGAGGAUAAAACUUUGGACAUAUAAGUGGCCAUAUGGGCAUGUACGUGUGUAUAUCCACUUGCGUGUGUGUUUGCGUAUUAUGUGACUCCGUUUUAGAGGUCCAUAGUGUUUACAUUGCAAACGAAUUGUGUUGAUCAGGGCAGGAGAAUUCUGCUGUGAUAUGCUGAACUCCUAGUGAACAGUGUCUUCUGGCCAGUGGCACCACAGUUGUUGGGAGUGAGGGUCACUGCCUAAAGACAGCCCAUUAGUGGGUGGAGUCUAGUCAUAUGGUUGUUCAGAGAGGUGCUCAGCAUUUAAGCUAUGGAAGAAUUACUUGAAAUAUUUAAAUGGACCUUAUUUGUUUCUGUUGGACAGAUAUGACACCUGUGCAUGCUGUAAUGAAAUAAGUAUUGUAAUUCUGAAAGCAGGCCAAUUAUUCAGGUUCAUGUUUUCUUUUUCUUUUUUCACAUUUUUAUAC